CAUCAGAUCAUUUCGGAACGGAAAAGCGCAACUUGUUGCACGAAGCAGCUGUCUGUGGUAGGGUAGAUAUUAUGAAAAUGUGUGUUUAUCUUAGGACUCCUGAUUAUGUGAACAUAAAAGAUUCUAGGGAGCAAACAGCUCUGAUGAUAGCAGUUACCGGAGGACAUCUAGAUGCAGUAAGAUUUCUCGUGCAUCAUGGAGCAGAUAUUGAUAUUAGGGACAGUGAGGAUUGUACUGCGAUAUCACAUGCUUUGGAGAACGAUAAUCAUGUAAUAUUUAGAUAUUUACUUGAUGGAGAGGUAGCAGAAUGGGAAUCUUGCUACUCUUUUAGCAGCAAACACACAAAUAAUGCUUUAUUGGAGGCUACAAAAGGCGGAAAGUUAGCAACUAUAAAAUACCUCGUAAAUGUUGGACUUGCUGUUGAAAACAGACAACAUCUUCUGAAUUCAUCGAUGGUUGCCAAUGCUGGAAGGGGUGCGAAAGCUAUGGUGGAAGAACUCAGAUUUCUUGGGGCGGAAAUGGAUUUUUUAAGUGAGGCAGGAUACACAGGUUUGAUGUCAGCGGCAGCCCACAAUCGUCUGGAGAUGUUGCCUUAUCUUCUUGACUCCGGGGCAGACAUCAAUCAAACGAACCAGCAAGAGGAUACAGCCUUGAUAUUUGCUGCAGUUAAUAAUCAUUUGGAAACUGUAGUUUAUUUGCUAGAAAUCGGAGUCGACAUCAAUCAAACCAAUAACAGUGGUAAUACAGUUCUGAUAGCCGCUUCGGCGAACAAUUGCUUAAAAGUUGUCAUUCAUCUGUUAGAAAGUGGAGUAGAGAUCAACUUUGAGAAUAAACGUGGAUUUACAGCGUUAAGUGAAGCAUUACUUAGCAGAAAACCUAAUGUUGCAGCGUAUUUAUGUGGUCUAUCUGAAAAUAAAGUUAAUGUUACUCUUGGAAAGUUUGAUGUUGAGAGCAGAGAUGAUGGGUUUGGUGGCCAAACAGUACUGAUGUGGGCCGUGCAGAUGGAUGAAGUGUCUAUCGUGAAAUACCUUGUUGAAAUGGCUGGAGCUGAUGUUAAAGUCAGGGAUGAUAACGGGUAUACAGCAACCGAGGCCGCUUUAAAAGACAGGAAACCGAGUGUUGCAACAUAUUUGUGCGGUUUGUCUGAAGCAAAAGCAGAACUUGGUAAAUUUGACAUUGACAGCAGAAACAAGGACAGUCAGACCGUGUUAAUGUGGGCAGCAGAACUUGGGGCAAUGCCAAUCGUUGCAUAUCUUAUCAGAGAAGGUGCAGAUGUCAAUCUUAAAGAUAAUGAUGGAAAUACUGCGUUAAGUUUUGCUGUGAAUUCCAAGAAGUUUGAAGUGGCCCACUACCUGUUUCUUCAACCGGGUAUAGAAGAUAGCAUGAUUCAGGCAGCAGAAAUGGGACAGUUAACUGUUGUUAAGUAUGCAGUAGAACAUGGACUGGAUAUCAACUACAUAAACGAAAGUGAGUGCACGGCUUUGAGUGUAUCCCUACGAAGUUAUAUGACAAAGUUGAGGUCGGUGGCAGACUACUUGUGCACUCAGCCGGGUAUAGAAGUCAGUAUGAUACACGCAGCAAAGAUGGGACAGGUAUUCGUUGUAAAAUAUGCAUUGGAAAAGGGCCGACGAAAAAUAAAAUAUGUUGGGAAGGGAGGCGUCACGAUUUUAAGUGCGGCUUUGAACAACAGGAAGACUGAGGUUGCUGCUUACUUGUGUCGAGAACAUGGUGCAGCUGCUGCUCUCGGCGAUUUCGCUAUUGAGGGGAAAUGUGUUGAUGGUCAAACAGUUCUAAUGUGGGCUAUCCGCACUGGAGAAGUUUCAAUUGUCAAGUAUCUCGUAGAAAUAGCCGGUGCUAAUGUCGGUUGUUUAGACGAAUUUAAGAACACAAUUCUGGACGUUGCCUUGAAAAUAUUACUUGCUCCCUUCGAGCAUCAGCAACAGAAGAUUGAAGUUGCAGAUUAUCUGUGCAGUUUGGCGAACUUGAGAUCAGAUAUUCAUCAUGAGAAAUUUGCCGUGAACACAUUUGAUGAUAACGGUCGAACAGUACUGAUGUUGGGUGCGUUAAAAGGAAAAAUUAACCUUGUGCGAUAUGUUGCUGAGAAAGGUGGCCGGCCAGUGAUCAACUACAGAGAUUCGAAAGCGGGGACUGCCCUUGGUGUAGCGAUGGAAUCAGUGAUCAACAUAAGAGAUGCAAAAGGGGGGACGGCACUUAGUCUAGCUAUGGAGUCACGAAAUGCCCAUAUUGCUACAUAUUUGUGUAGUCGGCCUGGUAUUGAGCUAAGUGUGAUCUACGCUGCAGAAACGGGAAAGUUGGCCGUUGUAAAGUAUGCGGUGGAACAGGGAUUGUAUGUUAAAUUUUAUUUUGAUGAAAAUGGAAAUAGUGCGAUCGAUGCUGCUUUGAGUAGGAACAAUACUGAGGUUGCUGAAUAUUUAAGGAAACUGUAUAAAAAUAGAUGGUAAUAAAGAAAAGCUGGAAAGAUAUUUUCUUCGACUUCUAGUUCUCAUUAACAUCCAUCUUAUUUCAGCAACGAGUCA